ACAACUCUAACAACAACAACAUCUAGUCAAGUUUAUAAAAAGUAUUUUAUCUUAUUUAUUAUUAAUUUGGACAUGAUACAUAGCUGUACAAAGAAAUACAGUGGUUCUUGGACUUCUGCACCAGCCUUCGUCGGGUGUGGAUGCCUCUCUCUCUCUCGCCUGAGUAUCAAUGACAAAUUUCCCCCGUUCACUCUGGGACACUUGUCCUCAUGUAUUUUACCCGCCGGACACUCUACAGGAGGGACACCUGUUCGUCGGCUUACUUUCAGCCAGCUCAAUUUUUCCGCUCUGCGGAUAAUUCUUUAACGGUCUUUGGUGGGAAGCCGGUUACUGUACUCAGGUGGGGGUGUGGGCGUCCCGCUGUGGGCUUGGCAAGGAUGUCCACCGGAUCUAAUUGGAAACUUCAUGUUUCUAUCUCUAUUUAUAAAAGAACUUUUGUUCCUUUUCUCUCAUCGUCCAGCCUUGGGCAACAAUUUUUCCUCGUACCAUCGAGAAGUCGGGCUCGAUGCGGCUUAUGCUGUCAGUGGCCCUCAUAAACCCAACAAAUAAAGAAUAAGAAGAAAGAUUUUCUUAGUUAUUGUCAAUAUUUGAAGCUCUGGAGUAACUACCACUGUAACAUUUAUUUGUGAGAGUUACAGGAAGCUGACAUCAAAGAAAUGCUGAACACUGACCAUGAUGCACCUGUUGUGCAUUUCUUGAGUGAUGGUGAAAUUAGUUGAAUUGUGAUAUGAACCAGGAUGCCCUCUCUUGAGCAACUCUACCAGCAGCUAAAAGAGGAGCUUAGGGUUGCUAAGCUGGAGAUACAGCGAGUAAUGGAGGAGAACAAGAGGAUUCGUAGUAAUCCUGUUGUGAGUCCUCUCGUUAAGAGAGGAACCUGGUCAGUGGCUGCACAACAUGGAACCAAGUUGAGGAUCAAGAAGACUGAUAGAGAGGCAAAAACAACAAAGAACCAGAAGACUACUGUGGAAACUUCCAAUCCAUUUUCGGUGCUACCUGACGAAUGUGGGUUGUCUAUUGGGAGCAUCACAACGAGCACCAAGGAAGCAUUGGCAGACGUGGGUGAAACAUCCCCAGAAACCCCAACAAAGACCAUCGAGACCAUCACAACGAAUUCCACAAGUGAAGGUCAUCCCAGUAGCAAAGGUUGGUACUUGUAGUACCAAUACUGCUGGUCAUCCUGGUAGCAGAGGUUGGUACUUGUAGUACCAAUACUGCUGGUCAUCCUGGUAGCAGAGGUUGGUACUUGUAGUACCAAUACUGCUGGUUAUCCUGGUAGCAGAGGUUGGUACUUGUAAUACCAAUACUGCUGGUCAUCCUGGUAGCAGAGGUUGGUACUUGUAGUACCAAUACUGCUGGUCAUCCUGGUAGCAGAGGUUGGUACUUGUAGUACCAAUACUGCUGGUCAUCCUGGUACCAGAGGAAUUAGUUGUUGUGUUAAUUUUCAGUAUAAUAAGUCUCCUGAUAUUGUCAAAUACGUACUGAAAUAUUUAGUGAUAACACUGUGUUACCACAGUGUUAGAAAUAUAUAGUGACAACACAGUUACUACAGUUUUAGAAAUAUAUAGUGACAACACUAUGUUACUAGCGUUUGAAAUAUAACAUUUACAUAACAUUUACAGUGUAAACAUCAGUGUUAUGAAGUUGCUGUGAAGUAAUAUUGUUAAACAUCAUUUUAACAUCCUACUGUGUUAACACUCAUCAUUGUGUUACACACAACAUUGUGUUGACAACAUUGUGUUGCCAACAUUGUGUUAGACACAACAUUGUGUUACAGACAACAUUGUGUUACAGACAACAUUGUGUUACAACACUGUGUUACAACAUUGUGUUACAACAUUGUUUCACACACAACAUUGUGUUAACAUUGUUUCACACACAACAUUGUGUUACACACAUUAUCUCUGAUUGUAUUAUAAAUUUUUCACAAUUUUUGUUGUUACAAAAGUGUUGUGACAACUUUAUCAAGAAACAUUGAAAUUCAUGAACAGUAUUAGAUAAGCCUUCAAGGUAGGUGGUGAACUGCUUGUUUGAUCCAAGGAAUUGGAGAUAUCCUCCCAUUAUUGUAAACACCCAUCUUAUUCCUCAAGCUUGACCAUGUUUAUGUAAUAAUAGAGUAUUAGAGAAAUAUUGUUUUGAGUGUAAUGAAGUGACCACAAAAUUGUAUCUGGUUAAGCACUUUAUAAUUUAUUUAUAAAAUAAUCAGGCCUUUUACUGUAUCUUAUAUAGAUCUACAUUACUCUUGUAGAUCACUCUUGUAGAUCUGUGUUAUUGACCCCAGUGUCAGUCAUAUAGAUCUGUGUUAUUCACCCUAGUAUCACUCAUGUAGAUAUUCAUUAUUGAUCCCAGUGUCUCUCGUGUAGAUCUAUGUUAUUGACCCAAGUGUCACUCGUGUAGAUCUGUGUUUUAACACACCAUCCUCCCAUUUAGAACUAUGUCUUAAGCACACCAUCCUCACAUAUAGAUUUAUGUCUUAAGCACACCAUCCUCAAAUAUGCUGUCAGUAGUAAAUUUUGGUGUACACAUGUGAGAAUGGGUCUGUGCAGUGAGUGACAUCAUAAAACAAAUUUUACUCCAUGAUGAGAACAAACCUCUGACCUUGUGUUUGAUUUAAAAUAACUAUGGAGUGUUUUCUAGCAUGCUUUUUAUGGGUUUUUCUUGGUAUCAAUUGAUUAAAUGAAUGUCAUAGUAUUAAAAUGAAUAAUUUGGUAGAUUUCAGGACCAAAAGUAUUUGAAAUAUUGAAAUUUUAACAAUUUUCUUAAAAGAGGGAAAGGCCUCCUCUUCCCACCUCAUCUUUUUUAUGGGUUUUUACUAAAUUUGCUUCAAUUGUUGGAAUGCCCUAAACCAUGACAAUCAAUCCUGUUUUUUUUUUGUUACCUGAGAAAUAAUUGUGUGUGAUGAUGGAUUCAAGAUAAAGUGAAGGUGUAAUAUACUAGAGGCCUGGGGAUGUGAUUAAUGAACACAUUAUAAAUAAAUAAUAAAUAAAUAAUAAAUAAAUAAAUACUCUGUUUAUUUUUUAUUGUUUUCAAAUUAGAAUUUGUUGAAUUUUGUGUAAAAUUAAUAAAAUUACUUUUGUGGAUUUGUGCUAGAGCAAGAAAUCUAAAAUUUGUUCAAUAGGAGCAAUAAUAUAGGACUCAAAGUGAAUGAAACUACUAGUGCAUAAAUUGUGCUCAGAUUACCAACUUUGUGCCUCUGUAAUUCCAUAAGUUUGCGUCAUACAUGUAUUUUGUGUUUUUGGUGUCAGUACAUUCUCAGUAGAUUCUCCACCUUUUCUGAAGAAAAAAGUUUUUUUUUUUUUUUUUCAUGGAAAAAUCCUGACACUGUUAGCAUUUAAUUUUGGGGUCCUGAUAGUGAAAGUGUAAAGUUAUUGUUCGCUAUGUCUAAAAUACUUGAAAAAGAAUGUGUUCCUGCAACACACAUUACAGUUGAUGCAGAAGACAAACUAUAUCAAUUUUCACAUUCCUCACAAAAUGCUCUCUGUGUAUCAUUAAUAACAGUUAAUGAAGACAAAAAAACUGUUCAGUGUUUAAUGUGUUUGAAAAAAUUUUCUAAAAAAAAAUGUUUAACGAGACACUUGAGAAUUCAUACUGGAGAGAAACCACAUCAAUGUUCACAAUGUCUGAAAGAGUUUACCAGAAAAUGUCAUUUAGUUGAACACAUGAGGAUUCAUACUGGAGAGAAACCACAUCAAUGUUUAGAAUGUCUGAAAGACUUUACCAGUAAAUCUAAUUUAGUACAACACAUGAGAAUUCAUACUGGGGAGAAACCAUAUCAGUGUUCAGAGUGUUUAAAAGAGUUUUCUCAAAAACCUCAUUUAGUAAACCACAUGAGAAUUCAUACUGGAGAGAUACAACAUCAAUGUUCAGUGUGUCUAAAAGAGUUUUCAUAUAAAUGUUAUUUAGUGCAGCACAUGAGAAUUCAUACUGGAGAGAAACCACAUCAAUGUUCAGAGUGUCUAAAAAAGUUUUCAUAUAAAUCUAGUUUAGUACAACACAUGAGAAUUCAUACUGGAGAGAAGCCAUAUCAUUGUUCAGAGUGCUUUAAAGAGUUUUCAUAUAAAUCUAAUUUAGUACAACACAUGAGAAUUCAUACUGGAGAGAAACCAUAUCAGUGUUCAGAGUGUAUAAAAGAAUUUUCAGAAAAAUCUACUUUAGUUCAGCACAUGAGAGGUCAUACUGGAGAGAAACCACAUCAAUGUUCAGAGUGUCUAAAAGAAUUUUCAGAUAAAUUUAGUUUAGCAAAACACAUGAGAAUUCAUACUGGAGAGAAACCAUAUCAGUGUUCAGAGUGUCAAAGAGAGUUUUCAAGAAAAUCAAGUUUAGUACAACACAUGAGAAUUCAUACUGGAGAGAAACCACAUCAGUGUUCAGAGUGUUUGAAAGAAUUUUCAAAUAAAUCUAAUUUGAUAAAACACAUGAGAAUUCAUACUGGAGAGAAACCAUAUCAGUGUUCAGAUUGUCUAAAACAGUUUUCAGAAAAAUCUAGUUUAGUGAAACACCUGAGACUUCAUACUAUUUAGAAAUUUGAGUGUUCAAUAGCUAAAAGUUUUCUCUCAAAAACCCAAUUCAUUUUAAACAAACACCAAGCCAUAUGAGAGGGAAAUGUUGUCAAGGGACAGUGUGAUUAGAAGACAUUAUAAUAUGUGAUGGCAGCAUCAUAUGUGAUAGCAACAUGUUUGAUAAUUACUUGGAGAUAAAACUGAGUCUUUCAAAUCUCUGAAUAUUCAUUUACAGAAAUUUAAAUUAGCAUUACAUGUGAGUAUUCAUUCAAAAAAGUUUUCUUGGUGUUCUUAAAUUAGCCAUAUUCAAUCAAGAAAGCUUUUCUUGGUCUUUUUAAAUUAGCAAUAUUCUUUCUAGAAAGCUUUUCUUUUCUUGCUGUUGUUAACUUGGCAGUAUUCAGUCAAGAAAACUUUUCUUGGUGUCAUUAAUGUAGUAGUAGUCUUAGAAGCUUUUGCUAAUUGGUGACACUUCACAACAGGUGUUUUGAUGCCUGUGAAGAGCCUUUUUCCAAGAAAAUUUCAUUACCUUCCUUUCCUCAGAUUGAAUCUGGUUGUCUGCCAUUCCCUUGGCACUGUAUGACCCUAGUUAGUUUACUUCUUCAUCAUUAAUAUAAAAUAAAUAUACCAGGUGUGUCUGCAA